AUUCAUUCGAUUGAGAACCCUAUGUAAUUAAAACGUCGCUUAGAGAUGAUUUUUUUAUGCACCCGGGUAUACCAGUGGGUAUUUUCGAGCUUCUCUCUCUGCGAUCAUCUUCAGUGACUUGUGUAAGUUUCAGUUGUGAUAAUGAAUUGUAUCAUAGAUGGUUUUUAUUGUGGCGCUGUGCUAGUUUUGAUAACUUUCGUUUUAUUUUUCACAGUUUCGUGCUCUUCGCCUACUCCUUUUAUUAAAUCAAAAGACGUAACGUCAAACAAUACUCGGUUUAUAGACUGUGAGAAAAAAUUGAAUCACGAUGAGGAAGAAGCUCCAUGGCAUGUUAUCAUAAAUUACAUUCCCGACCCAAGUGGAAUUGGAUGUACUGGCACCAUAAUAAGCCCUUGGUUGAUUCUAACAGUGGAAUACAACGUGUUCAGCAGACCAAUGGGGUCCACGAUAAUGGACGCUGACCCAAAUCACUAUGAAAUACUUGUGGCCAGACUUCCUUAUUACUUGCGAGUUUACAAGAUUGCUGAAUUUCGUUAUUUUAACCAAACCAGCUUUAUCCAUGACUGGAAUCGCAAUAACCUGCCGAUGAUUGUUGUUUUGAAGGAAAAACUAAGUUUCAAUCCGUACGUUUCACCGGCUUAUAUCCAUUGGGAAAAUCCAAGUAAAAUAGACACAUGGAAUGGUACAGCAAAGAUAGCCGCGUGGAAAGACUCAAUAAAUACGUUUCAACAAAUACAGGCAGACACACCGAUACUUAGAACCAUCAAUUUCACUAGUCACAUCGCCUGUAGAGAAAGACGGACGUAUCCAUACUUCUUAUUUUUUAUGGGAGCGUUUUUAUUAAGACAAAAUGUAAUCAACAUCACUCUAUUGCACGAUGCAAAUCUGAUGUGCGUAGAGUAUCCAAAAGAACAAGAUUAUGUGUUUGGAAGUGGCGUUAUUACUGAAGAGAAUGACCGUCACUUUAUUCGAGGAAUCAUGGGACUUACCCAGAGGUUAGCACAAAAAAUUCCAAAAAUCAAUGAACCUGGAAAUAGACUAAGUGCAGACGGAUUCAAAACAUUUACCGACUGCAUUCGAGGAGUUCACGCCAAUUCAUCAAAGCUUGAUGAAAAUAUUAAAUACUGGUGCAAUAUCGCACGUUUGGUGAAACCCCCUUUUGAUAAAAUUGAAAAUAAUGUGGAAAAUACGCCAAAAUUCGGUGUUUUUACGGAUAUAGCAGAUUAUAUCGACUGGAUUAAACAAGUUCGUGAUGAAACUGAAAGUCGUCAGAUCAAUGAUAAAUGCAACUAAUUGGGAGCUUCGUGUAAUUAUUUCUACGUUGACAGAAUCUUUGUUUUAUGCCUAUACCCUAUAUGUUGUAUGUAAUUUGUUUCUUAAUUCAUCUAUUAUUCUACAAAGUUGACUGUGUAUGGAAUUUUUUUGUAACAAAAUGGAUAUGUAAUGUGAUGAAAACAAGAAAAUAAUAAUCAAAAUAUCAAAAAGUAAGGUAAAAUACCAAAUAAAUUGAGUUUUCGGGUUCUACAUAUAUAUUAAUCGGUUUUUGAUCAUAAUCGAUUUUUGAUCAACAGGUCUAAUUUGCAAAUUAUUUUAGGCAAAUUAGCAGUUUUGCUUGCAAUGUUUCUUGACAAAAAAUGAAGCAUUUUUCUGAAAAAUUUGAAAAUAUGAUCUGUUUUUUAUCAACUACAUACAACGGAAGUAUCAACACGUCACACGUCUGUUCGUGAGUAAUAUUUUAUUUGUACUAAAAUUCCCAAAAUAUGUAGGUCAACUGAACAUAUGUGCAGAUAUGGUAUUAUUACACGUAUAUCAAUAGAUUAAUUUUGGUUAUCUCGUUCACUUGCCACGAAGUCAUUAUAAUGAAAUAGGUUGGUAUACUUGGAGUCGUAUGUAUUACCGAAAUCUCAGGUUACUAUUAUUUUAUCGGGUGUUUCUAAAAAAGUGAUUAUUAUUCUAAUAAGUCAAGUAGGUAUUUAUGUAAACAAAAUGGUUUUACAUAUUGGAAAAAGAUCAAUGAUAGUCCUACUAUUGAUACAAGCGAUAAUUUCAGCAGAUUCCUGGGAACAAGACUCCCGAAAAGACCCGGAAGAUGACGUUGUUGUAGAAAUGGAUGUCAGCGAAGUGCAGUACUCGAAUGGUCAGUGGAAAUUAUCAGGCAAUACCAGCCAUGGCUUCGAUUCACCGAAAAUACGUUUGUUAAAGUACAAAAAUGUUGUAUUAAUUAUAAGAAAUGCAGUGACGAUUAAAUUUGAAGAAGAUGUAGUUCUGGAAGGCAGAUAUCAAAACGGAUCGUUUCUUAUUACCACGUUAAAUUUGGAUUUGAUACGUAUAAAAAUAUGGUGUUAUACUAUUUCUUUAAAAACUCUACUAAUAAUUGCUUUUGUUUUCCAAGUAAUCAUUUCCGUAAUCCUUUCCAUGAUAACUUUAAAGUUGGUGUCGAAGUAUCGAGCUGCCGACCGUUACGGUAGAUUAUCUAAGUAAUUUUAAAAGUAAUCUCAACUCAUAAAUGUAAGAUUGUUUGUUGAAUAGUAAAUUUUUGAAGUUUU